CGGCGCACGGCAUUACACGUUGUGCUCCCGACUACGCUGCUCGCCUCGCUCUAAGGUACUUUCCUGAUCGAUCUAAUUAAUAAAGAUUAAAAAAUGUCGAUCUCCGAAUUCAGACGGAAGAAGCUGCUCUACGUUUUCAACGUAUUCUUUGAUGUCAACCAGAGUGGAACUAUUGAGAGGAAAGAUUUCGAAAUUGCCAUUGAAAAAGUGUGCAGUCUUCGAGGAUGGAAGCCUGGAGAUGCUAAGCAUACUGAGACUCAUGAAAUAAUGAUCAAGAUCUGGGACGGCUUAAGGAAGAGGGCUGAUUCCAAUAAAGAUGGACAGGUCUCCGUGGACGAAUGGGUCUCCAUGUGGAAUGACUACGCAAUGAACCCGUCUGCUGCGCUCAAGUGGCAGCAGCAGUACUGCCACUUCAUGUUCCAGCUAGAAGACGCCAGUGCUGAUGGCUCCAUUGACUGUGACGAGUUCACCACCGUCUGCUCCUCUUACGGUAUCGACCCUAAGGAAUGUAAGAUGGCUUUCACUAAGAUGGCCAAGGGCAAGGCAAGCGUGUCGUGGGAAGAAUUCCAAGAAUUGUGGAAGGAAUACUUCUCUACUGAGGAUCCCAAUGCCGCUGGCAAUUUCAUUUUCGGUCGAACUAGCUUCUAAGACUAUCGCCGUCGAUUACUCCCUUUUGGGUCCAUGUUGAUAACGAAGAUACCGUCUCAUAUAACUCAUUCUAGUUUCUCUGAAUCGGCUUACGAGGUAUUUUGUGAAAUUCGACGGACGAGGUUAUAGUCAGAUUUUGAAUGUAACAAUUUUUUCUCUCAUUGUAU